CCUCAAUCUGCUUUAACGUACGCCCUCAAUCUGCUUGGCUUACAAAAACUAGACAAAAAUGGCUGACGGUGGUGUAGAUAUUGAUUUAUACGCCGACGAGGAUGAAUUCAACCAGGACGGUGAUUACAACUCCAGCUCAUUAGAUCUUUAUGAUGAUGUCAUAACUACGCCAGCAAACAGCUCACAGCCACCUCGACGGGUGUCCUCCAGUGGUGAUGCGGGCCCAAAGUCGCAAUCAGGUCAGGGGUCGUCAUCCAAUCACUUCUCCAAGAAGAUUGCAUUGUACAUUGGCAAUUUGACUUGGUGGACUACUGAUGCAGAUCUGAGCAAUGCUAUAUCAGAGCUUGGGGUUAAUGAUCUGAUUGAGAUUAAAUUCCAUGAGAAUCGUGCCAACGGACAGUCUAAAGGUUUUGCUACCGUGCAUGUUGGAUCAGAUGGGUCAUACCGAGUCAUAAUGAAUGGAUUGCCCAAGAAAGAAUUGCACGGUCAGCAGCCGGUUGUGACACAGUGCAACCGACAAAGCCUGACGCAGUUUGAGGCAGCCUCCAGAAAAGGCGAGGCUAGAGCUCCUAAUGACCGUGAUGGUCCACCUCGCCAUCAUCGUGACGGACCACCCAACCAUCGUCAACAUGGUCCGUCGCCACAUCAUAAUGAUGGGAUGCGUUUCCCGCCGCCUCAGCGUGGACCAUCUCCUCAAGGAAACCAUCCACAUCAAGGGCCAGGAAAUGGACCUCCACAAAGGGACCAUUUCCCUCCAUCUCGUGGACCUCACCCAGGACACCAAGGACCCCCUAGAGGGCCCCCUCCUCCUGGAAUGCAAGGUCCACCAAGACAGAUGGGGCCUCCUGGACCAAUGAGAGGACCACCCCCAGGUGGACCACGUGGACCCCCACCCCCAGAUCAGCGAGGACCACCGCAAAGGUCACCUGGACCAUUUGGUGGACCACCUCACAAUGGACCUCCUAGUGGUUCCCCACAUGGUGGGCCACCUCCUGGUGGACCACCAUUUGGCCCACCACAUGGAGGACCACCCCAUGGAGGUCCACCACAUGGAGGGCCACCACAUGGAGGGCCACCUCAUGGUGGACCACCUCAUGGUGGGCCUCCUCAUGGGGGCCAUCAUCACAGUGGACCACCUCCCCAUGGAGGACCACAUAUUCACAAUGGUCCUCCUCAUAGUGGUCCUCCUGGGGGACCACCACAUCCAGGACCAGGUGGCCCACCUCGUGGACCUCCUAUGCAAGGACCGCCACCUCCAGGACCUGGUGGGCCUCCUCCACAGAGAGGCCCUCCACCACCACAGUAUGGACCACCACCACAUGGUGGACCACCACAGCAUCCAGGACCACCACCUCAUCCUGGACCACCACCACCACAUCCUGGUCCACCACCUCAUCCUGGACCACCACCGCCUCAUCAUCCUGGACCUCCGCCUCCGCAUCAAGGACCUCCACAGCCACCGUUCCCUGGUCCUCCACAACAGCACUUUCAAGGCCCUGCCCCAACACACCAAGGACCACCACAAGGACCUCCCCCACAUCCCGGUCCUCCUCCGCCUCAUCCAGGACCACCACCAGUUCAUCCAGGCCCCCCUCCUGCACCUCAUGUCAAUCCAGCUUUUUUUCAUGGAAGCCAAGGCCCUCCGCCGUCGUCUCAAGCAAGUUAUACACCAGCUCAGCCACGCUACCCAGAAGAAGAAUACAAAACACCAGAUAGAUACCCUCCUCCAGCUCAACCAAGAUAUUCUGAUGAUCAGUAUAAGACACCAGAACGGCGUGAUAAUCCUCCGCCAGCGCCGUCUCCGGCACUUAGUGAAACUGAAUUUGAAGAAAUCAUGGGCCGCAAUCGCACAGUUUCCAGCAGUGCCAUCUCAAGAGCAGUUAUGGAUGCCAGCUCAGGGGAAUACGCUUCAGCCAUUGAGACACUGGUGACCGCCAUCUCCCUCAUCAAGCAAUCCAAAGUGGCCUCCGAUGACCGCUGUAAAGUUAUCAUCAGCUCCCUGCAGGAUUGUCUCAGAGGAAUAGAGGAUAAAUCUUAUGGAAGUGCUGCUAAUACUAGCUCAAGCAGUAGCAGCAGUAAGAGAAAUCGUGAUCGAAGCUCCAGAGAUCGUGAAGAGCGUCACCGCUCGAGAGAAUCGAAGAGUAGCCGUCACAAAGAGAGACGUGAACGAUCACGCAGUCGAGGGAGCAGAGAACGGGAGUACCGGGAGAGAAGUCGUGAUCGGGAGUAUCGUGACCGUGAGCGAGGAGAACGUGAAAGCAGGAGCGAUAGAGAACGAGAUCGUGAUCGUGAAUAUAGACGUCGUUAAGUAUUCUUGCUGUCCUUUAUGGGUUUUCAAGUUAACAUCACUGAUGGUAAAGACUUUGUAAAAAAAAACUGUUUUGAACUUUUACUAAAAAAUUAAAAAUUAAUGGGAUAAUUAGUUGAAAUGAUUGGGUUGAACAGGAAAAACCAACUACUAUUACUGAAUGAAAGUGGUAUUUUUAUCCAGAACCUCAAGUUUUAAUAGAACAUUGAAGAGGAGUUAAUACAUUUUUAUGGCCAAUGAAGACAUGAAACACAGUGCAAAUAUCAAGAAAGAAGCUUGGUGAACCAACAAGAAACUGUUUUAAUUGUUGCAGAGCGCCACCAACUUCCCAUUGUUCAAGAACACCACCAACUUCAUGUUGACCAAGACCAUCAUCUACUUCAUAUUGAUCAAGAGCGCCGCCAACUUUUUCAGAACUGUUUUGCAAUCUCUGUAUAUAAUAUGAUGUCUUUUUUUUUUCAUUUCCUAUAGAUAAUGUAGGAACAACCAUUUUUUAUAAGAAAAUCUUCCUUUGUGAAGGUUUUAGUUUGAUCGUGUUAGUAUAGCCAUUUGUUAUAAGUAAAAAACGUUGCAUGACGAUACAUUAUUAUCGAUGCUUGAAAUAAUGAAAUUUCUAUAAAAUAUUCUGUCGUUUAUGAAAUCUAUAUUCUUUUAUCUUCUUGUCAGUUAAUUCUUUUUUCCCUUCUACAUUAACUUUCAGUAAAUUAAAAAUUGGAAUAAUUACCAUUACAUAAUAUUUGCAUAAAUAAUAUGUGUUUAAAUAACUUUCAUUAUUCAUAAUUAAAACAUAUUAAAACAAUUUAAAACUUCAUGAUAAAGUAUAAACAUUGUUUUUAAACUCUUUUCUUGUGAAUAUCCGUAGUUAGUAUCAAUUGGUUAUUAAAAGUACAGUUUAGUGGGUAGAUAA